AUGAGAGGCCUGCUAAGCCGGUUCUCUCACCCGGCCGAGGUGCCAGUGCCAGAGACAACCACCCCCGUAAGAGACGACAAGGAGGGCGGAACUGUCAAUAACGAGCCUCGUGGCAGCGAGACCACUGAUCACGAUGUCGACGCUAUCGAUGCGGAUGCCCAGGCCGGUGUUAAGAAGAUUGAGGCCACUACCAAAGUAUGGUCGAGAUCCAAUCUGAUACUAGCCUAUCUCUUUAUAUGGAUCAUCUACUUUGUCGACUCCAUGCAACAAGGCACAGGCAGUCUUUUGACCCCAUACGUCACAAGCUCCUUCGCACAGCACUCGUUGACUGCCACCACCGGUGUUAUGUCUGGUAUUAUCGGUGGUGUUUCUAAGCUCACUCUUGCUAAAAUUCUCGAUAUUUGGGGUCGCCCUCAAGGUUUCCUUGUGGUCGUUAUUCUCAUGACCCUUGGUCUUAUCAUGAUGGCAGCUUGCAACAACGUCGAGACCUACGCAGCUGCACAAGUCUUUUACUGGGUUGGAUACAAUGGCAUCAGCUACUCUCUCUCCGUCUUCAUUGCCGAUACUUCAUCGUUGAAGAACCGAGGGUUGAUGCUGGCUUUUAUCUCUUCGCCUUACAUCAUUACCGUCUGGAUCACCGGUCCCAUGGCCCAGAGCAUUCUGGAAAGCAUUGGCUGGAGAUGGGGAUUCGGUAUCUUCUCCAUCAUCACUCCGCUCAUGUGUCUGCCAUUGUUCUUCCUGUUCACCUUCAACUACCAAAAGGCCAAGAAGGCUGGACUCCUUGUCUUCACUGACAGCGGGCGCACGACAUGGGAAUCGGUCAAGUACUAUUUCUGGCAGUUUGACGUUAUCUGCCUCGUGCUAAUCUCCGGUGGUUUCGCCCUCUUCCUGCUUCCGUUCAACAUCUAUUCCUACCAAUACUACGGCUGGAGAGACCCGUUGACCAUCUGCUUGAUCAUCUUUGGUGGCUUGCUUCUGAUUGGCGCUGUCGUUUGGGAGAAGUUCUUUGCGCCAGUCAAGUUCAUGCCUUGGGAACUUCUUAUGGAUCGAACCGUUCUUGGAGCUUGCAUUCUCGCCGCCGUUCUUUUCGUUGAAUAUUAUAUCUGGACUGCCUACUUCACGUCUUUCCUCCAGGUUGUUCUCGACCUUAACGUUACCCAGACCGGUUAUGUCAGCAAUAUCUAUAGUCUGGGCUCUUGCUUCUUCUCCUUCAUUGUGGGUAUCCUGAUCCGUUGGACUGGACGCUUUAAGUGGAUCAGUUUGUACUUUGGUGUCCCCGUUACUAUCCUCAGUAUCGGUCUCCUUAUCCACUUCCGACAGCCAGGUACCUACCUAGGCUGGAUCAUCAUGUGCGAGAUCUUGUACGCCUUCGCUGGUGGUGCCUGCGUUAUUUGCGAACAGAUGGCUGUUAUGGCUGCCGCGGCCCAUCAACAUGUUGCAGUCGUCCUCGCCAUGGAGGGCAUGUUCAGCAGUGUAGGUGGUGCUAUCGGAGGCACGGUUGCUGCUGCCAUCUGGACCGGUCUCUUCCCCGAGGCGCUAGCCAGAUAUCUGCCAGCUGAGGCUUUGCCGGACCUUGCGACUAUCUACUCCAGUCUCCCAGCCCAACUAUCGUACCCCAUGGGCUCCCCUACCCGAGAUGCUAUUAUUGCAGCUUAUGGCGAUUCCCUCAAAUGGAUGUUCGUCGCUGCCACGGCCAUCACUACACUGGGUCUUGUAAGUGUUGCGAUGUGGCGGGACAUCAAGGUCAAGGACUUCAAGCAAGUCAAGGGCCGUGUGGUCUAA